GAGAGAGAGGGGGGAAGGACGCAGAAUGGCGACCGUGAGGUGCCCCAAAUGCACGAUAGAAAGGAAAGGGUUUCGGCGGGAACUUGAUUCUUGGCGACACAAAUUGAUACAUUGCGUUGGGUUUGAAAGCAUUUUGGAGGGUAUCUAUGGCCCGAUGCUGCUGAGAGACCUCAGUGUUUUUGAUGACUGUGAACCUGAAGAGGUGGAUGACUGGUCUCCAGAAGCAAGCUGCUCUCAGUGUGCAUUUUGCAACAUUCCCCUGGACAAACUUAGUGAUCAAGUACCUGCAGCCACGUCGCCCCUCUCCUCCCCCUCUGAUCACUCUCCCUGUCAGGCUCCAAGCAUCUCUGAGAGCAGCCAGUCAGCUCACAGGUUUCUCCAAGCUGUGUUUCACAAGAAAGAUGUUCCCCUGGGCUGUGAUGCCAACAUCCCUCUGGUUGCCCAGGAGCUGAUGAAGAAGAUGAUACAUCAGUUUGCCAUGGAUUAUGCAUCCAAGUGUCUACUCCACACCAGUACAAAUGGUGUUACAACAAGGACCUCAUCACCUUCGUUAGAAACAUCAGAUGCCCCUCUGGACCUCACAGUGAGCCGAACCCAGGAGGAGAAAGAGAGUGAGCCUGAACUAGAUGGCGUGCUCGACCUCUCCAACAGGAACUCUGCCUGCUCAGCAACUUCAUCAUCAUCUAAUCACAAAGCUUCUGGCUCCCUGCUGCCAUCAUUUAUGGAAGUACUGAGAGAUCUGGGAGGGAAUAAGUGUCGUCAGAGCUCUGCAUUGGAUGCUGUUCUCAGCUCACUCUGCCCAGCACACUGUUCUUUACUCUACCAGAUCCUGAAGCUGGCACACCAGGAAGAAUUACUGUCUUUGCUUAAUCACAGACCCGCAGGUCAAACUGAAUCUUACUGCUGUCACUGUGGUGUAAACCCACAUGAUAAUGUUACCCCUCAUGCAGUCACACUUAGUGAAUGUAAAGCCCACAGCAGCAGCCCAUACUACCCUUUAAUGGAGUGUGAUCAUGAAGGUCAUGGCAGCACAAUGUACCACCGAGGAGAUUCCAAGUCCAGUUGUAGCAUCCAUCUCUACCCUUUAAAAGAGUGCAAAAGUGAAGGUUCUCUGGGCUCAAGCUACUGCUGUGUGCGGAGGUGCAGGAUGGAAACUUACACUGUCCUGUGCCCCAAGAGGCUGCACUGCAUUUCCUGCCAAAGCCUGGCUGUAGGUCGUAUCAACAACAUAGUGUGUUCAUUUACAUCCUCUCCUCCAUUACCCAAAUCCCCUUCGUUGUGCACUCCUUCCUCUAGCUUAUGCCCUUCCUCAUCGAUCUGCUGUAACCAACACACCCCCCACUCUUGUCCCUGUUAUUCAAACCAUGCCUGUCUGAUGCAGGUCAGGAACACAAUAGAAAGAGGGAUUGUAGAUGGAGAUCCUGCUUGUCCUGUCCUUAAGAGAGAGCAGAGCCCCUCUCCUCCCCCUCUUUCCCCUAUUCCCUCAGACAUCAGUAAGAAAACUGAUGAAAAGCCACCCUCCCUCCUUCACCACAGACAGGAGGAGGAAACAGUUAAAAAUGGUCUUAUGAAUGCAAGCCACUACGAAGCAGCCAUAGAUACAGCUAGAGAAGAGGAGCUACAAUGUAGGACCCAAAGAAGUAGUCAGGCUGAUCAGAACCCAAGUGGGACUUUACUGCAAGACGUUGUGAAUCGCUUCAGUGAGAAACUGGAAACAAUCAAACCCCUAGAGAAGGACCCACCUCUGGUUUCCACAGCUGUUAAUGUUUCUGAAAAGGAGCAGCUGCAAUCUCCCUCAACCAGUCAGAACCUGCAGUUUCAUGCCGAUGCCCAUCUGACUGAAAUCAUCACCAAAGUGCUUCACAAAGGCAAUGGUAGUGACUAUAAUCUCAGUGAGCUCUUCAAUCGCCAUGAUAGCAAGGAGCCGAAGUCACCUAAUACCCGUUCCCGACGUCGCCAGGAAGUCCUUGCUGCUAUAGCAACACCUGCUGAUGACUCUUCAACCAGAAGGCAUAGCUUACAAAUUAAACGGGAGUUUGCCAUGCUUGACCAGUCCUGCAAUAGGAGAAAGGUGCCACCAACAAAGAGGGCAAGAUUGAAUGAUGGAAAGGUUACUGUAACUACAUCAUGCGUGUCAUCAGAAUCAAACCUAGUUAAAGGGGAGUCUAAAAGAGAAAUUGAGGUAGGUUUAGAACCUGUAGAGAAACACAGAGUUUGGGAGGGACCACUGGACAUGUUAUCUGCAGAAAGUAACAGGGAUGAAGUAAAAGAUGAGAUACAGACCGUUAUAUUAACAGAAGAAACUCAGAUCCUUAAAGCAGAGGAGAAACAAAGGGAAAUAUCCAGUGAGGAAAAAGAUAUUACUCUUUCAGGCACUCAAAUACCCACCCCUGAGCUGCAGAGCAAGUAUGGCAAACAAGGCUCAAAAGGUCACAGUGUACAAACACAGGUAAUGACAGUGGCUGCAUCCUUGGCAAAGCAGUGUGUCCGGCCAUGUAAAGAAGAUGGUGAGGUUAGCUGUGCUGGAAGUGAUAAAAACCAUGAAGAAGCCCCAUCAGGUCAAAGCUCUGACAGUGACAAUAGAUCAGAUGAAGGUAAAGAUUGCCAUAGUCAUAUUAGAGAGAGGAAGAAAUGUCACUCUAAGGAGUCAAGGAGAUCAAGAAGAAACAUAGUCCCUCCACAGCGGUUCUCCUCCUAUGUCACAGAGCCCAGGAAAAUGUUCUUUGUUGCAUGUUUCUCUGAAAGCAUCUUUAAUCAGAGAACACGAAAGGACAAAGUUUUGACAUCUAGCACUUUGGAUGCCUUAUCCAAAGAUCCAGAUGCUAAGGACACACAGUUUGAAUCAACAAAUGAAGUCCUUCUGCCCUCACCUGAACUUCCCACAGGGAAGCUUGCCUUUGAAUCAACACAGAGAGAACAUUGUGGACCAUCCUAUAUGGAGUCAAAAACGGUGGCUGCCAAAGAGAAUAGUCCUGCAAAACACAGCUUGGACAUUAGGACAGAUGGCAGCGACUGUGCUGCCAAGCCUUUUGGAAGGCUACGAUCAUCUCCAAAAAGACUACAGGUCUCAAAUGUAGCUUCAAUAAUGCCCAAAAACCCAUCAAAUAGGAAUGUCACCAUUAAGUCUGCUCCCUGUGUUGAGAAACCUCCCAACUCCCAAAUCCAAUACACUAGUCCAAUUAAGCUCAUGUUUGUAUCACCAGUUAAGGAUAAGGAAGGAGUCAGAUAUAGUCUCAAAUCAGCAGGCUCUGGUUCUAGUGUUCUAGCAGAGGAACCCUUUGACCCAUGUGAAGUGUCUUCAUGGUCAGGGACACCUGAGAAACGCAAAAGCCACAGCACUGAGUCUCCUACUUCAAAAGUAAAAUCUAUUUCCUCACCACUAAAGUCUGCUACCUCACCUGCAAGAGUUGCUUGUUCACCAGCCAAGUCAGCUUCUUCACCAGUCAAGUCAGUCUCCUCAACACCCAAAGCAGCUUCUUCGCCAAACAAGUCAGCGUCUUCACCACACAAGUCAGCCACUUCACCACACAAGUCGGCAUCUUCACCACACAAGUCGGCAUCUUCACCACACAAGUCAGCAUCUUCACCACACAAGUCAGCUCCUUCGCCAAGCAAGUCUGCAUCUUCAUCAUCCAAGUCUGCCUCUUCACCUAAGUCAGCUUCCUCAUCACCUAAAAUAGGUCCCAGAAGAUCAGGCGAAGGUACUCCAACUAAGCGUGUAGCUGGAACUGAGAGCCAGAGAUCACCAUGUGACUUAUCUUUUCAUGAAUCAACUCCUCCAAAAAGGCGUCCAGGCCGGCCAAAGAAACUGGGACCACAGCUGGAGCAAAAAGUGAAGAGGCCAAUUGGUCGACCACGCAAGCAGAAGGCUGUGGAUUCAGUAAUUGGGGCAAAAAUGGUAAGUGGAAAAUCUGUUUUAGCAUCUGACGCUGAGGAGAAUGUAAACAAGAACCUCAAAAUAACAGUUGUGUAUGGCCGUUCAAGGAGAAACAAACGAAUGGUGUCUGAGGGCUUUGACCAGCUGCAAACAGAAUUCCAUGAUGCUUGGCAAGCAGUGGGCCUUAAAAGUGACUUGGGCAUUUUAAUGCACAACUCUAAGACCAGCUCAGGUAGUAUUGAAACCACCUCAACAGAAUUGUCAGAGGAUUUCGAUUUUGUCAGCCCUGUGAAAGAGUCUGCCCCUCAAUCCAGCAGUAACAUCAAAUGUCAGAAGCGGGAUGAUUCUGUACCCUCAAGGAAACCAGGUAGACCUGCAAAAGUUAAAAUCUCUGGAAUCUCAGUCACAGUAACCACAGUGUCACCUCGGCAACGCAAAAUUCAGUUAAAUAAGGAUACUCGGCAGUCUCCUGAAACACUAAUUCAUAAGCAAGUACUUCUGCCAGAAUUUAAACCUGCCAAGGAACCCUGGACAAUCAGUCAUCAGUCAACAAACAAAAACUGUCAAAUAGAGAAAAGGAUAGAAACAAAGGAUGAAAGUAAAGGCAAACUCCCCAAUCAGGCUGUAGCAGUGCGUCACUCAAUGAGAGUGAGAAAGCCCUCGAUCCACUUUCUGCAUGCUGUCGCCACCUCCACCUCUAGAUCAUACAGCCACAGUAAUGCUCUGCUACGGCGCUCUAAACAACUUCUGCUAAAUAAGGCCAGCAAUGAAAGGAGAAAGGAGGAACAACAGAGUAGUGUAGAAACUUCAGGGGAAAAAAGACAGCUCUUUGGACAAGACAAGAGGAAGAACUCUCAGGACCUGAGCAGAGUGGCAGGAGUAUCUGUAGACUCAAUCUUUACCCCAAAAGAGACACUAAGGUGGUGGGCAGCAUCGGCUGAGGAAAAGACAAUGAACCAGGAGCUUGCCAGGCGAAUACGACUCAUCUCUGACACCUGGGUGUCAGACACUGUGGAGAACCAAGAAAAAGAAAUUGCCUUUAAUUCGAAAUUAGGCACUAAAGGCAACAAUUCAUUUACCAGGAAGUCAAAACAUUCCUCUGUGGUUCAAACAUUGUUCGAUUGUCCUCCUAACAAGCCACGGUCCUGUAGCAUGCAGCAGCUCUGCUCCUGGUUUAUGCAGACCACAGAAACACAGUCUCUGGCUAUUGUCAAGAAGGCAAGCUCCCGUAAUCCUUACGAACUUAUGCACUUCCCUCGUUCUGCCAGUAAAAAAAGUGUUUGCCACAGUCCUCAGGCAGAGCGACUCCGCAAACACAUCAAGAAGUUUGCUAAAACUGUGCCAAAAAGUCCUUUGCAACAUCAACAGGCUCAAAGAAGGUUGAGGAAGAAGAAUAAGGCACCUCUGCCAACACAUAAAAUUAGUCGACAACCUCUCACGCCUAGGUUUGCAACAGACAGGCUCAAUGAAGGAGUCCAAUGGUGGAGAAGCAGAGCAUUCAGAAAAUACCAGGCCACUUUAUUUAGAGCGAGGACAAGGUUCCUAACCCAGAAAGAAAGGGAGAGGUGGCAAAAGAGACAGAGAAAUACGGAAAACAUUAAAGUAGCUACAAGUUGUUCAAACGGACAUGCAGUAACUGGACUACAACCAACACGUAAAGCAUUACGCAGAUCAGCAAAAGAUCAGUUAUCUGACUGUUUGGAGAAUAGUUCUGCCACCAGUUCUGUUGACCAAACUCAGGAGCCUGUGGAUGUACCCAAAGAGCAGAACCUCUGCUCGAAAGCUUGGAGUCCUGAGACACUGAAGGAAUGCCGAGUGUUCCUGAGGAAGAUCAACUCUCCAGACAAUGAAUCAACCGAGGAAGAGUGGGACUCCUGUACUGUGACACUGGAUGACGGGUCACCCUCUGCAUACCUGUUUGCAGGAAGGGAGAGGGAACUGGUAGGAGUUGUUAAAGCUGUGAAAACUGAAAGAAAAAGGAGCAUGAAUAGGAGGACUGUCUCCAGAGAGGCGGCAGGUUCUGCACCUAAAUCAGUCCAGGAGCAGGAUGAGAUGCCAGUGGGGAGGCAGAAAGGCAAAUACAGAAGUCCUGGGGUUGCGUCUACUGAACCACCACAACCACCACCAGCGAAAAUGUUGAGACAAUCGCGAAUGAGGGGCCUAACCGGGCCGAGAUGGUGUGACUUUGUGUUUGAAAACUAAAUGAAGCAUGAGGCCUCCUCCUUCCUGGGAAAGGGACUGUGGUUUAACGUGGUGCCUUUGGACAUUGAGCUGACCACGUGGACUGGCCAUCCCACUAUGGUUCAGUCUUACACUCAGCAAUUAUGUAGCAGUCUAACUUAACAAAAGCUUGAUGUUGCACUAUUUUUAUCCAUGAAUAUGUAUGUACAGAAUGUUUUUUUUUUUGUUUUGUUUUGUUUUGUUUGUUUUUAACUGUCAACUUGCCUUUGUCUUUCUGAACGUGUUUAGUGAUCAAAUCAUUACCGACUUUUAAUGGGAUAAGUGCUUAUACAGCAAGCCCUGUCAGAGUGGCUGUAUUGGAAGGAAAGACAAAGCUUCACUGGAUAAAUACAGUGCCCAAAAACAGUAACAAUUUUUAAUACUUUAAGUAAUCAUUAUUGUACAGCUCUAAAAUCUCCCCCAAAAUGAAAUUUUUAUUUAUAGUCAUCCUUACUUGGCACUGUUUAAAUUCCAAGUUUCUAAUGUAAUAAUUUGUUUUGUAUUUUGAAAAAACCUUUAUUGAAAUUUAAUGACAUUCUCUCAAGCGAAGCCUUGUCUGCUGCAGUCACUGUUGUUCUAUUACAAGCCAGUAGCCAAAAACAUGCUUUGAAUGAAGGAAUCUUUUUACCCCCUUCAAUGUGUAUGUGCCCUAAAUAUAAAAUCCUGUAUUGAACUAAUUGGCCAUCAGUCUUUACUAAAACCAAAUACUUUGUCAUUAUUUCUUUUAAAGUAUUUUUCAAACAUUAUUUGCGAGUUUCAGCACCAAACCACAAUUAGCACAAACGCACGUUCUAAAUGAUUGCAUAUGCAGCCCCAACAAGCCACAAAAUCCAGAGGUAUAUGUGAAGUGAUGAAGAAAGUGGCAUUAUGCAGUUGUAGAAAGGAGAUUCUGAUUAAUUGGUUGGUUCGUGGGAUCUGACUAGUUUCAGUUCCUCUAUCUUGAUGUAAUUGUGUUCUUAUUUUCACCCCAAAGUAUAUACUGUAUGUCAGUGUCAGAUCUACUUCUUGCACUAUUCCACCUGAGAUUAUCAAUCCCACUACACAGAUUCCUCCCCCAUAUUUUGCACAUGCCACAUUCCACUAUCAAGCCCUACUGUAAAACUAGAGGAUCUGUUUGGUGCAAUACAAACCCAGAUGAUUUAUCAGUAUGUAGUAAUUAUUUUAUUGCUGACAGACGAAUGGAUGUACACGAGUACCAAUGGCCUGGGAUGUUACUUCAGUUGUUUCCAUAGCCAUGUAAUGUGAUCUUAAAGGAUACUGCUAUACAGACUUAGCUUUUUUUUCCCCCACCUGCUUUGUUCUCCUCAAUAAAGCAGAAAAAUAACAGAUCAUUAAUGGUUGUAAAAGCUUCAAAUUGUUUUUAUCAUAAACAUACUAGCAAUAUUUACUGUUUAAAUGCAGGUGGGAGAGGUGUUGCUGUUAAGGUUUCCCUAGAGAUCCUGUUUUUUGUUUUAUUUUUCCUCAAGUUGCAGCAAAAGACGCCUACCUCCACUGGGGCUUAGCUAGGCCUACUGCUCUUUUGCUUCUCAACCAUGUGAUAGACAAGUCCAGAGAGUUGAUUGAUAAACACUAAUCUUGGAUCAGUAAUGUUAGAUCCAAGAUGUCUGGCUGUAGGUCAAAACUUAAACCUGUAGUGUGUAUUGUGUGCCUGACUACCCUUGUAUGUAUGUCACUAUGGUUGCCAUCUCAACAGGAAGGAGGUGGGGUUGCUCAGUAUUGUGAUAAAUAACCCUCAGCUCUCUGUUGACGAACCUGGUGCUAAACAUCUGUUGUACAUUUCUUUAUCAUGUGUUUUUAUACUGUCCAUUACAGAUGCAACAAACAGGUGUCUAUAAUUGGAACAAUAAAGAGUCUUUUGAAAUAACCAGCAAGCAAUAUGAUUUAUAGUAGUGAAAUGUAAAACCUGUAGUUUCCACUGUAGAGUAUGGCACGGGUCACUAGUGUGCCCACUGCCUGGUCACCUUAAGCAAUGUAUAGUGCGUUCUUUUUACCAUAGUUUACUGUUGGCCCUCAUAUUGAUCACCCUCAGGCCAUCAAUUUUGCAUUGGCAAAUGAUUACUGUCCACAAUGAACCGGAAAGUUUGGGGGACACUGAACUGGUUGUGUGAUAAUGAAGAGGACAAGCUUUAUUGACAUAUUAUACUUUAAUGACUAAAAUAA